AUGAGCAAAGGUGCGGAAAUCUUUUACAAGGGCCAGAAGGUCUUCUUGAACAUCUUCUCGCUGUGGCCCCGGGAUGAACGCUGGUGGAGAAUCAUCCAUUUGGUGAACUAUGUGCAUGUGAUUUGCUUCUGGGUACUGCUCUUCGAUCUGCUGCUGGUGAUGCACGUGGUGGCCAACCUGAGCAACAUGUCGGAGGUUGUGAGGGCAAUCUUUGUCCUGGCCACCAGUGCGGGACACACGGCUAAGCUGCUCAGCAUUAAGGCCAACAAUUUGGCACUGGAGGAGCUGUUCCAGCGGUUGGACGACGAGGAGUUCCGGCCAAGGGGCGCCGAAGAGGAGUUGAUCUUCGCAGGCGCCUGUCAAAGGAGUCGGAAGCUAAGGGAUUUCUAUGGGACCCUGUCCUUAGCCGCCUUGUCCAUGAUCCUCAUACCCCAAUUCGUUCUUGACUGGUCCCAUCUGCCACUGGGCACAUAUAAUCCCUUUGGCGAGAAUCCUGGCUCACCUGGCUACUGGUUCCUCUACUGCUAUCAGUGCCUGGCUUUGUCCGCCUCCUGCAUCACCAAUAUAGGCUUCGAUUCCCUCUGCUCCUCGCUGUUCAUCUUCAUUAAGUGCCAGCUAGAUAUUCUGGCCGCGAGACUGGAUAAGAUGGGUCGGCUGAAUAGUGCUGGUGGCUCCGUUGAACAGCAACUGAAGCAAAACAUCCGAUAUCACAUGUCCAUCGUAGAGUUGACAAAAACCGUGGAACUUCUUUUUUGCAAGCCGAUUUCGGUGCAGAUCUUCUGUUCGGUAUUAGUUUUGACGGCCAAUUUUUAUGCUAUAGCUCUGUUGUCUGAUGAGAAGUUGGCGCUCUUCAAAUAUAUAACCUAUCAGACGUGCAUGCUGAGUCAGAUCUUCAUAUUGUGCUACUUUGCCGGUGAGGUAACCCAGCGAAGUUUGGAGCUUCCGCACGAGCUUUACAAGACUCCUUGGGUGGACUGGACUCGCCCCAACCGAAGGAUUCUACUGCUUUUCAUGCAACGCCUGCACUCCCCUCUUAGGAUAAGGACCCUAAACCCCAGCCUGGGCUUUGAUCUAAUGCUUUUCAGUUCGCCUCAUUAG